GGGGCAUCGGGUGCUAGGCUGCCUCGGCCAGGGGCUGGAGGUACGAGCACUUGCCCCUUGACUGUGAGAGCUGGGCCCCCGGGCUCGCGGCGCUGAGCCCUCGCCUAACUCAGUCGCCUGCCCCAUCUCCCCGGGUCAGGAUGGGCUACGCCGACCCCUCGGCCAACCGGGAUUUGCUCGGGAAUCGAACUUUGUUCUUCAUCUUCAUCUGCGCCUUUGCCGUGGUGACCUUGCUGCAACAAAUCCUAUAUGGCCGAAACUACAUCAGGAGAGGACUGCAGUUUAGCUGGCACAGUGGGGAGGAGAUGGCCGACUGGACCAACGGGUCCUCUAAUGUCACGGAAGACAGAACAUUGCAGAGCAGCAGUGACACCAGCACCAGGUACUUCGAAUUUUAUGAGGGACCUUUUGAAUAUAACUCCACCAGAUGCCUGGAACUUCGCCAUGACAUUCUGGAGGUGAAGGUGCUGUCCAUGGUGAAGCAAUCAGAGCUGUUUGAGAGGUGGAAGAGUCUCCAGAUGUGCAAAUGGGCGAUGAAUAUCUCAGAAGCCAACCAGUUCAAGUCCACUCUUUCCAGGUGCUGUAAUGCUCCUUCCUUUCUCUUCACCACCCAGAAAAACACCCCUCUGGGCACAAAGCUCAAGUAUGAGGUAGACACCAGUGGCAUCUACCACAUCAACCAGGAAAUCUUCCGCAUGUUUCCCAAGGACAUGCCAUACAAUCGCUCUCAGUUUAAGAAGUGUGCAGUCGUGGGGAAUGGAGGCAUCCUGAAGAACAGCCGGUGUGGGAGAGAGAUUGAUAGUGCAGACUUUGUAUUCCGGUGUAAUCUACCCCCGAUCUCAGAGAAGUACACCGGGGACGUUGGGGCAAAGACUGAUGUUGUUACUGUGAACCCCAGCAUCAUAACAGAGAGGUUCCACAAACUGGAGAAGUGGAGGAGACCUUUCUACCAGGUGUUGCAGGUCUACGAGAAUGCCUCGGUGCUUCUUCCGGCUUUCUACAACACCCGUAAUACUGACGUCUCCAUCAGGGUCAAGUAUGUGCUGGAUGACUUUGAGUCCCCACAGGCGGUCUACUAUUUCCACCCUCAGUAUCUCAUCAACGUGUCCCGCUACUGGCUCAACCUUGGUGUGCGUGCCAAGCGCAUCAGUACAGGCCUUAUCUUGGUGACAGCAGCCCUGGAGCUCUGUGAGGAGGUUCACUUGUUUGGCUUCUGGGCCUUUCCCAUGAACCCCUCGGGACUCUUCAUCACCCACCACUACUAUGACAACGUGAAGCCUCGCCCUGGCUUCCAUGCCAUGCCAUCCGAGAUCUUCAACUUUCUUCACCUGCACAGCCGGGGCAUCCUCCGAGUCCACACAGGCACCUGCAAUUGCUGCUGAGGAGGCAGGCAGCUGGCUGGCCUGUCUUUCCAGCCCUCUCCUCUCUUCUUUCCUUCCAGCAUCAGAGGACAGCAGGGAAACAUGCUGUGGAGAAGAGAACCAAGCCCAGCAUUUAUGCAAUAGUUUUUGAAGAGUGGGGCCAUAUCUGCCAGGGCUUCACACCUCCUGCACUCUAGGGUGGGUGGGGAAGAAAAUGGGGAAGUGGGGUAAAGCCACCCCUAUUGAUAGGUGUUAGCCCUCCUUAUCCUUGACCCACCCAUGUGCCCAGUGGGUAAGUCCUCGGGAGGAAGCUUCCAGCUUGACCAUUGCCUGAGCAAGGAGGGGAGCCCUGGAAUAAGCACAUUGCUGCUAAAUUUUAGCAUCUGAGUGAGCACAAGCUGUCAUGGCUAUUUCACAGCUUCAGAAAAUCCCUGAAGGGAAGCAGUGCAGGAGUAAGGACUUUAAGCACAUGUGGGAUUUCUUUCAAUGGUUUGCUUUCCUAAAUUUUAUGAUGGGCUUUUAGUGAUGUUUUGAUAUUGAUCAUAGAGCCAUAGAAUAUCAUAGCUCAGCCGGACCUUGGAGAUCUUCCCGUCCAACUGUCUCUUUUUAUGAGGCAGAAAUAGAGGCCUAGAGAAGGUGACCUUGUUCAAGGUCACCCAGCCAGAUCGACUUCACUCUUCUGCCAUAGUAGGAUCUGGUUCAGGGCUUACCUGUUAGAUAGGCUCUUUGACUAAAUGGAUAUUUUUGUUUGUUGUUUUCUUCUAGAACUAAACAAAAACUUUAUUUUCUUCUCAGUGCCUACAGGGUUAACUUUGGGUUUGAAAUAUGAGAAAGGAAAUAAGCCAGAUCAGCCAACUAAACUAAGAUUUCCAAGGCCAGUGUUACAAACUCAUCAAGAGCAUAGCAGCUCAUUUUCUCAUCUGCCUUCUUGUUCUUAGCUCCAUUUCAGCCGGGGGGUAUGUAUUAGAUAUAUUUGGGAGGUCAGCUAACGUGGCUCUAAAGUGAACAGUUGCAUGCCUCCAGACCCUAAAGAGCCUGACUAAUAUGGGCUGCCUUGGUGGGAGGACUUAGUCCUGUCUGUCAGACACCAGCAUUAUUAACACAUCUUUGGGGUCUUGCUAAAGGAAAAGGAAGAAAUCCUCAAGACUGAUUCCCCCCUCUUUCAGAUUAAUGAUCUUCAUGAAACAGAUUCAGAGGGUGUGAGCUAUGGAUAAUGGAGCCUGGAGGAAGUUAGCUAUGCCUGUGUCCAGUCUAGAGUAUGUAAACAUAAUGUUGCCUCCUGCCUAUGACUUGUACCACUCCUCCCUCCUCCCUCUCCCCAGCCCCCUUUGGGGCUGCUGUGUAUGGUAGACCCCUUGUCAAUUGCCUUAGAACUUAGAUAUCCCAUCAUAGACUUGUAGAAUGUCAGAGCUGGAAGGGACCUUAGAGCUUGUUUAGUCGGACUCCUUCAUUUGACAGAAGAAUCAACUUGAGGCCUAGAGAGGGCUGGUGAUUUCCUCAGGGUCACACAACUGGGAAGUGGUGGAUUCUACAUUAGAAUCCAGCUCUAGUUGCUUUCCUUAGUGAAGCCUCUGGCCCUUUCAUCACUGCUGGUGACUCACAGUCCUAGGUCCAUGUGUUCUUCCUCUACAUAUGUCCUUUCUGGCCAAAUUUAAAUCCUGCAUCUUGGAGAAGAAUUUUCAGAGAUCUCCUCUCUAUCCUGGCUGUCCUUGAAAUCCUCCUGCCCUAUAUUUUGCAGAGGGGGCUGCUCCUUCUUUCAUGAGACCCCAGAUUGCGCACCUGCUCUCUGGGCAAUAUUCAUGCCAAGAAUAAGAAAAGAUAAGGAUUUUCAUUUGUACAGGGAUUUAUGCUUUUCAAAGUGCUUUCACAUCUCUUCAGGGCUGCCCCUAGAAUACAAAGAAUUGGGGUGAUGGCCCUGGGGUCUGUGCUUUGAGGGUCUCAGUGGCUCCAGGGACCAGGUGGCUGGGCAGUGUUUCAGGGAGGCACCUAGUAGGGGAGAAAGACUCGGCCAACCUUGCCAUCUGGUGCUUUAAAAGACCUGAGGCUCCUAAUCAUCCCUCUCAUUUGUGAACCACUCCCUUCCCCCUCUAGCACCAGGGUGAGCUGGGGCUAGAUGUCUGUCCCUAAGCCUCCCUAAGACUGCAUGGCUUCCUUUUGUGAUGUUUCAUAUCCCUUUUCUCUUCAACAGUGCCCUUGAUGGCCACAGUAACCUGAUUUCACUUGUAUAUAAAUACUGGGGGAAGGGAGAGUCCAUAUAUAUGAUUUGUCUGAGGCCAUAUCUGUCUAGGGAUAUAGCUCUGUGUUCAUUGUCUUACUUUGUUACUGAAACAAUGUUAUGAGUUAGGUACAGCAGGUAUUAUUAGCACUAUUUGACAGAUGGGAAAACUGAGGUUAAGUGGCUUUAUCAAUUCUGACAUUUUGCAGUGGGCAUGAUUGGUACUGAAUGAUGGUAACUUCAUUUUGGAAUGCUGGACUUUGGAAUGCUGAGUUGCUUAUAGUAUCUGUCACUAAGAGUUGAUUAGGGUCAAGGAUGGGUGAUCAGGGCAGCGGAUGAGACACGUAGUUCUUCCACCAUACUAUGUAUGAUGGCAGCUUUGCUUUAGAGACAAAUGAGAGGACUAGACAUUUGGGGGCAGGUAUUUUCCUUAACCUGAAUGGUGUGAUAACAGGCAGACAGAAACCCGAUUCUAUUUUUACCGUGCUUGAUAAUGAAAGUGGGUAAGAGCUUAACCAAGAAUUGCAUGUACCAUUCUUUAGCUAUGAGAAUAUGGUACCUAAUUAGCCACCAACUGGGCACAGACUUAGAAUCAUUUUCUUCCCCCAGUAGCAGCUGAUGGGGUUUACAGUGAGCCAUCCACAGUCUCUCUGACCAGUAGCAUGCUCUUGUGUGAUGGUGAGCCAAGAUUAGAGAUCAAUCUGUGGCCAAUGUUGAAGUCAGUUUGUGAGCCUUAGGUAUGGGUGCAGUCUGGACUAAGCUGGAGACACGAUCAGAAUAACACUUGCCAUCACCUAAGAGGUGUGGUUAAGAGCAAGGUUGGCUACAACUUCCUAGACAUGACUGUACUAAUAGCUGCUACCAAGAAAACAUCAGAGCCUGGGUUUACCUGUGGAGUCCCAGGGACCAGGCUUGCUCUGCCCUUAUUUGCAGGCUCACUGAAAGAACGCAAGAUUUAGCCCAAUGAGGCUUUUUAUACUUUUCUAUUCCCCCCUCCUCUUUACUUAAAUAGUAGUAAUACUAUUAACCAUUCAGUGACUGAGAGGCACCGUGGCUUAGUGGAUAGAUAACUGACCUUAGAGUCAAGACUCGGGUUCAAGUCCUUCCUCUUCAACAUACUGGCUGUGUGAUCAUGGGGCAAGUCACUUAAUCUCUUAGUGCUCCAAGAAACUCUCUGAGACUUAAAGUUGAAGAACAGUCACUGAUCUGUAUUUGGAGGAAUUCCUUACACGAAUGAGGUCAAAGGUCCAGACCCCCCCCCCCACGUGCACGCGCGCGCGCGCACACACACACAUACACACACAUACAGAGUCAGUAAUUACUAAGAUUUAUAUAAUGAAUGGAAGUCACUAUAUUAAACAAACACUCUUUAAAGAAAUUCUGGGUACAAGUUAGAAGGAGUUUCAUGACUUGAUGCUAUCAAUAACAGUUCUAAUUCUGACCUUCCUUUUUACUCUGAGGAAAACUUCCAGCUUUCUCCUACUCAUUUCAAAAAACCAGAAACCCAGGACCCUUGGCCAGUCUGUGACCUCCUAGGCGUGCACUGGCCUAGGCUUCACACAUAGGGCUAGCCUCUACUCUGUUCUUUGGUAGGAGGGAGAACUUUGAGCUAGCCUCAGCAGUCCUUAUACCAUCUUUUCCUAUACCCACUUCAUUGUACCUCUUCUUCCAAAGAAAACUGAUGGAGAAGAAAAAAGAUGGAAAGAAGUAUGGGGUGGUGGCUUUGGUCUUGGGGCCAAUUUUGUUGUUCAGUUGUGUCUUUGUGAUCCCAUUUGGGGUUUUCUUGUCAAAGAUACUGGAGUGGUUUGCUAUU